UUCAGUGUUCCGGUGGAGAAAAGCUUGAGCACCAGGUGUCCAGGAUGGCAAUGAGGUGCGAGACCAGAGUGGAAGCAGGAGCAGCGGCUGCUGAGGAAGAGGACGAGAGCUUUGGGCCCCAGCCGCUGAGCAGACUGGAGCAAUGUGGCAUCAGUGCCAGUGACAUUAAGAAGCUGGAGGAUGCGGGCUUCCACACCAUAGAAGCAGUGGCCUACACUCCAAAGAAGGACCUGCUCAACAUCAAGGGCAUCAGUGAGGCCAAGGCAGAGAAGAUCCUGGCAGAAGCGGCAAAGCUGGUGCCUAUGGGUUUCACCACAGCCACAGAGUUUCACCAGCGACGAGCAGAGAUCAUCCAGAUUUCCACUGGCUCCAAAGAACUUGACAAGUUGCUCCAAGGUGGGAUCGAGACAGGAUCCAUCACAGAGAUGUUUGGGGAGUUCCGCACUGGAAAGACACAGCUUUGCCACACACUUGCAGUGACCUGUCAGCUGCCCAUUGAUCAAGGCGGUGGGGAGGGCAAGGCAAUGUACAUCGACACUGAGGGUACCUUCCGACCCGAGAGGCUCCUGGCAGUGGCGGAGAGGUAUGGACUGGUGGGGAGUGAUGUCCUUGACAAUGUGGCCUAUGCCCGGGCGUUCAACACGGACCACCAAACACAGCUGCUCUAUCAGGCCUCUGCUAUGAUGGCUGAGUCCAGGUAUGCCCUGCUGAUCGUGGACAGCGCCACAGCCCUGUACAGGACAGACUACUCCGGGCGAGGGGAGCUCUCUGCCCGCCAGGGCCACCUCGGCAGAUUCCUGCGCAUGCUACUGCGGCUUGCAGACGAGUUUGGCGUUGCUGUGGUGAUCACCAAUCAGGUGGUGGCCCAGGUGGAUGGUGCUGCCAUGUUCUCUGCCGAUCCCAAGAAACCCAUUGGAGGCAACAUUUUGGCCCACGCCUCUACUACUAGGCUAUACCUGCGCAAAGGCCGAGGUGAGACGCGGAUAUGCAAGAUCUACGACUCGCCGUGCCUACCGGAGGCCGAGGCCAUGUUCGCCAUAAAUGCAGAUGGAGUGGGUGAUGCCAAAGACUGAGCACUGGUUACCCUGUGUUCCCCCUAAGCCUGCUCAGAGAGGACUUGAAAAAUGAGGGAGAAAUGGUAUUACUCUUAAGUUUGAUGUGUAAAUAACUCAAGCUACUUUACAAGAAGAGAGCUUGGCUUAUGUUGUGGCACAGCAUUUAAGGCCCUCAUUAAGUGGAACUUUACAUUUCAUACAAAAACUUCUGGGGGCAGAAUCUCACCUGUGCAAUGGCCUUGUAUGAAGUGCUACAUUCUUUGUACUUGUAUAUGAUUAACACUGUCUUUUUUUGUUUUUCAUUUGUAUCACUCAUGUUUAUGCAGUUUCUUCCUGAGCUUGAAGUGGGUGGUUGCUGCACUGUUAGAGUGUAUUUCAUUUGUGUCUGUCAUUACCUUGACUGUGGGUGCUUCCCACCUACUCCUUCCAGACUAACUUGAAAUGGGUUUUACCAGGACAUAUGUACAGCCUGUUAAUAAACAGUUUAAAAUGCUAAUGCUUAGAGCUGUGAUUGUACUGGAAGUUCAAGUCUUUGCAGUGAUUAUGUAAAUCUGUAUAGUUCUUGGCCAAUUGGAGGAUAUACAUUUUCAUACCAUCUCAACUGUAAGCUCAUCCCUUUACAUUCCUGUACAUUUGCUUUUCAAAUGGUGCCCACUUCAUAGUUACACACAGUGCUCCUGGAUUAAUUACAAUGUUAUUGUAGUUGGAAGUUCCCAGUUUCAAAUCUCCACUGUCCCUGUAAAACCCAUAACCAAGCUAGUUACAAUAAGUUAAGGGAGUAAUUACCCAACUGUAGCAAAGCUUGUCAGUGUAAUAGGAGAAAGAUAGCACUGUGAGUGUCAGCUCAGUAACAAUGCCCCAGAAGGACAGUUUUGUUCUGAAAGCACAUUUUUAAAAUUAA